UUUGUGGGAACAGAUGAAGCAACAACUUGCGCAGGUCUCGUUAUAAGGAACCAUAAAACUAAAAUGACCUCCAUUGCCCAUAUGGAUUUUGUAGAAGCAGUUGACUUGGGCCUGACACAGAUGCUGUCUUCUGUUGUUGACGGUGAUGUUAAUGCAACUUUCGAUGUUCAUCUGAUUGGUAGCUUCGAAGACAUGCCUAAUGAACUUGUCAUUGGUAGCAACGAAUCAGGAGGAAGGCAAAUCAUACCAAAUCGUUAUUCAGUGCCAUUAUGUGCGAAAAUCGUUGAGGCUUUGCAGAAUAGGAGAGAAAGAUUUCAACUUCAAACAUGUUGUGUUUUGUCUCAUAACACCAAAAGAGAUUUGAAUGGUAGUGCAGUGCCCAUCAUUAGUGGAUUUGUG